AUGAGGAUUUGGUUUGGCUUAGCUUGUGCUAGCGCUGUGAUUGCUCUCCAGUGUCUUGCCGCACCUCUACUGCAGCUGAAGAGAGAGAAUGUAACAGCACGUGAGGAUGGGAAAACCCAAAAUGAUUUAAUUCUAGCAGAUAAAUACCUUCAACGCUUCUACAGUUUUCAGGCAGAACCAAGCAGCCGUAGGAAGCGAAGUCACUCCUCGUUCUCCUCCAAGCUGAAAGACAUGCAGAGCUUUUUCAGGCUUAAUCAGACUGGCAGCCUGAACCCUGAAACACUGUCUGUAAUGAAGACACCCAGAUGUGGUGUCCCUGACAUUCAGGAUUACGUUUCCAACCGAGGCAACAGGUGGAAAAAGACUGUAAUCUCUUACAGGGUUGGGAGGUAUACCAGUGACUUACCCACAACAACAGUAGACUCCUUGAUUGCUUCAGCUCUGGAUGUGUGGGCGAAGGCCAGUCCUUUAAGGUUCUUCAGGUCAUACUCUCAGCAGGCAGACAUCGCAGUGGAGUUUGCCACCAGGAACCAUGGUGAUUCAUUCCCCUUUGAUGGACCCAGAGGCACACUGGCCCAUGCUUUUGACCCAGGAGAGGGCAUUGGAGGAGAUGUUCAUUUUGAUGAUGAUGAACUUUGGACCGCAGGUUCUAAUGGGUUUAAUCUGCAUCUAGUUGCAGCACAUGAGUUUGGACAUGCUUUGGGUUUGAGGCAUUCUCAAAACACAGAGUCACUCAUGUAUCCCACCUACAAACUCCGAAAAACACACAACCUGCUUUCCAGUGAAGAUAUUAUUAAUAUCAACGCACUCUAUGGACCAAGCAUUCAAAGGCCUUAUUACCCAAGGCUGAGUUGGAGCUAUCCCUUCAAUCCAUGGUACACUGGCUCUUAUUUCCCCAUGGGAUUAAAGGAUAAAUGUAGUCCUGAUCUAUUUUUUGAUUCUGUUACUACUUUGGGUGAUGCCAUUCUCUUUUUCAAAGGCAGGUAUCUAUGGAUCAAGCACAAUAACAAAAAUGAUAUAAAGGAGGGCCCCAUCAACAACUUCAUGCCAAACAUCAAUUCGAAGAUUGAUGCAGCCUACUGGGUUCCACAGCGUUCAACAGCCUACCUCUUUAGUGGGUCCGACCUCUGGACAGUGAAAGGGUCUCAGGUGAAAGGCCGACAUAAAAGCAUCAGCAGCCUCGGAUUCCCAGCUUGGGUGGAGAGAAUAGAUGCUGCAGUGCAUGUUCACAAAACUGUCUAUACCUUAUUCUUCACUCAGAACCUGUACUGGAGAUAUAAUGAGAGCCAAAAGGUCAUGGAGGACUCUUACCCACGCAACAUCUCAGAUGAUUUCCCAGGCAUUAACAAAACUAUAAGCGCAGCUGUUCAUAAAUAUGGUUUCCUGCAUUUCUUUCUGGGACCAGAGGUGUACAAAUAUGACAUGAAAUUGAAGAAAGUUAUUGGAGUUAGCAAGGCAAAUUCCUGGCUUGGGUGUUAA